AUGCAGGGUGAAACGGCCACGGACACCGAAGGCAAAGCCGAUGUGUUACCCCAGAUUAAGACCCCAAAUCCGGGGAGAGCCAGCGCCAAGAGCUGGCAGUACAGUGACCACAUGGAGAAUAUUGACGGAUACCUGAUGAAAUAUACCAACCUGGUGACUGGCUGGCAGUACAGGUUCUUUGUGCUGAACAACGAGGCGGGUUUGCUGGAGUACUUUGUGAACGAGCAGUCGCGGCCACAGAAGCCCCGCGGCAUGCUACCGCUGGCCGGAGCAGUCAUCUCCCCCAGCGACGAGGACUCGCACACCUUCACCGUCAAUGCCAUCAGCGGAGAGCAGUACAAGCUCCGAGCCACCGACGCCAAAGAGAGGCAACACUGGGUGAGCCGGCUGCAGAUCUGCACACAGCACCACACAGAGGCCAUGGGGAAGAGUAACCCUCCUCCGAAGUCGCGCAGCUACUCCAUGGCGUCGCAGGGCAGUGGCAGCUCGCCCAUCAAGAGGUCCCUGCUGCCGGACCACCUGCUGGACGCCAGGGAGAUGAUGAGCCAGGCGCACGGGCAGCACAGGGAGCUGCUGGAAGGGAUCGAAGGUCUUCCUGCGGCCCCCGGACUGUCUCCUCUGGACCAGGACCUGCUCAUGCUCAAAGCCACGUCCAUGGCCACCAUGAGCUGUCUCAACGACUGCCUGCAUAUCCUACAGCUGCAGCAGCUGGCCCGGCAGAGGGGCACGCUUGCAGGGCCGACCAUCGAGUGGCUGGAGCCCAAACUGCCCGAGCUGCUGAAGAACGGAGGAGGCUUUCCCCAAGGAGAGGGCCCACUGGAGGGGCCCCGGCUAGAGCUGAGCACGCCAGACUCCAGCUGCUUCUCACAGGAGGAGGAGAUGGACCCCGAGGAUGAGGUGGAGGACACGUUCUCAGACACAGAGGAGGACCUGGGGGCUGUGGAGGAGGAGCGCAGCAUCAUCCUGCACCUGCUGUCCCAACUGAAGCUGGGCAUGGACCUCACCCGGGUAAGAGAGUCCAUAGCUAUGACUGAGCCAAAGAGCCUUCUGUAG